AUGCCCAGCCCGCCGUACAUGUACGACCCGCCCCAGCGCUACUCGGCCACCUCGGACACUCUCUAUGGCUUCGAUCCCAAGGCCGUCACCAAAGCGAGCCGCAUGCCUCCGAGGAGCCCGCCCAAGAAGCAGGAUGGCCCGCUGGUCGAUUUCAACAAACACCCCGACAGCUACCUCGUCUUGGCAAAUAGCCGCAGCAAUGUGAAGCCAAUGAACCCGAGGGUCAAGAUCGCCAUCAAAUGGGUGCGAUGGGUGCAGCUGGGCUUCAGGGUGCUCCAAUUGAUUGGUGCAAUCGGUCUCCUCAUCUGCGUCAUUUGUAUCAAGGGAACUCAGGACACCGAGGGUUGGAUCAUCCGGAUUCCGGCUGCUGUUGACAUCGUUUGUGAACUCUACGCGAUUUACCACCUUGUCCGCCCCGCUAAGAGCCGCGCUCCGUCCAGCUCUGCUAGCUACCACUUUUUCUCCCUCAUCGUCGACACCGGUCUGAUUCCCUUCUAUGUCUUCACUGCCAUGCUUGCCAACAGCAACUGGCAAGAAGCGCCGGGCACCGAAGGGCGGUGGCGUACCUUCUUUAGCACCGAUGAUGCUACCUCCAAGAUCCUACUCACCACUUGGCUGACUUCUGUGACUGUCGGAGGACUGCAUCUGAUCUCGCUUGGCAUCGGCCUCUACCUUACCCUUGUCUUCCGCAAGAUUGGGAAGCUUCCGCCUGACAUGAACCCGCUUGAGGAUAACUUGACCUCUCGCAGAAGCACUAGGCACAAGCACAAGACUUCAUCGCUAUCCGGCAUCACUAUACCCCCGGAGAAGCGCUUUAGCGAGUUGUCGGGCAGCACGGCUGUCUCCAGCCCCACUAAGUCCUCAUAUGGUGCCGAAGAUCCUCUGAUUCCCGAUGUUCGGACCAUGCCGUUCAUGGACUCACGCAGAAAUUCGGACAUCCUUUACAACCCUCACAACCCUCGCUCGGCUCGUGAAUCGCGCCUUUUCGAAAGCCGACAUGGCAGCAUGAGCCCGCCCAAGCUUGAUCUGAAAAACCUCCCUGUGAAGAUGUCUCCGGGUGGCUACGAUUCCAUGUCACCAACCUCUUCCCCCGAGAGGUCACCCGUCCGCUCCGCCAGGUCCAUGAAGCGUCAAUCUCUGAAGAGCGACAACUGGUUCGUCCAUGCCGAAGGCGAAGGCUCCUCGCCCUCGGACGACGAAGACGAGCCGAACUCCAAGCAGCCUCUGGUCCGCCGCUACUCCUUCGAAGCCGACGACGAUGGCGCCGUCACCACCACCACCAUCUACAAGGACAUUAUCGCUCACAACGGCCCGCUCUCCCCGCUCUCAGACGGCGAAAACACCGGCUACCUGCGUCCGCAACCGCUGCGCAUGAACCCUCCCUCGCCGCAGCCGCCGAUCAACCAGACCAGCAAGAACGGCAACGAUCUGACCAAGAACAAGCCGUCCAUGCCCCCGCCCAUGCCCUCGUUCCAGUCGGAAAUCGGCUCCAUCUCGUCGGACCGCUCCUCCAACAUCGGUCGCGCCCUCACCAUCAACUCGUCCGUCACCCGCACCACCGACGCCUGGGGCUACUUCCCGACCCAUCACCACCACCACCACGGCAGCAGCAGCAACGUCAGCAGCAACAACGGCCGCAACAGCGUCGAGCCGCCCGCCGGCACCCACUCCAACUUCUCCUCGCCAUCGCGCAGCCCGACGCGGAAAGCCCGUUACUACGGCGACCUGCGCGACGCGCAGGAGGGCAUCCUCGGCGGCGGUGGCAACCACCGCUCUUCCAAUGACCCCCGCAGCGGACUUUUCGCGCAGCAUCUCGGCCUGCCUAGCCGCGGCGACGGCACGACCAGGCGCUCCAUUGGCCGCAGCCCCGAACGCCCGGCUUACGCGCGCGUCGAGAGCAGCCCGCGGGUCGUCAGCAGGAGCGGUGUCGAUGUCGAGCUCGUCGAUGGCGAUUUGGGCGACGUGAGGAGGAGUGCGGCACCCGGUAGUGGUGGCGGCAGGCAGAGGAUCGUGAGCGGGAAGGCGGCGGAGGAGGGGUUGGCGGGGCCGGAUUGGGAGGGGGUGACGAGGAGGAAGGUUAGUGGGAUGGUGUAG